AUGUACAGCAAGGUAUGCCCUGCUCCAAAGAACUCAACGGUGCGUUCUACGGAGUUCACGGGGUCAGUCUUCACGGCAACUUCAUUGGUAAGAGGCCUCCGCAAUGAGUCCGUUCCUGGGGCUGCUUUCCCCAGUGCCUCAAAGUCACCGUACGCCGAGGCAGAAUCGCGAGGAGAAGAGGGAAAUUCUUUCUUCCCAAGUGAUGUUAUUAUUCCUUUUCACUUGGGCAUUGCAUCUCGGUUAAUGGAGCAACAGCGGCCAAUGCCUUCAGGGCAAAAUGAAGGACUAUUGCAAGAGUCAGAUGUCUUGGAGCUGCAAAGGUCUCUAGAUGACUACUCGGAGGGUUUGGCCUACGCCACACGACGGCUUUUCAUGCAUGAUAAUGAAAACAUGGUUCAACGACUUCAGGAAGCGAAAAAGGUUUCGACUAUUUCUUUGUUUUUACAGAUGCAGCGGGAAAUGCGGCAGCUUACCGGAGACAAUUCUGCCGACAAGGAGCGGGGCCUCAUUCAACGUCUUUCCGACCACCUGGAGCUUUAG